AUGACUUCUGGUAGCUGUAUUGGAAUUUCUACCAUGAAGCCUUGUUGUAGAAUCCUAACUAAAUUGUCCCGAUCAACCUAUUCCAGUUCAAUCCAUAGUCAUAGAUACUAUAGAUGUAAGAAUAAUACUAAGAUUGUAGGUUAUAUACAUGUGACGGAUUUGAAUCGGAGAGAUUUUAGUAUUUCCGAUUCGAAUUGGGGUCACUCGAGGGAUUUUAGCACAAGUUUUUUUGUUAAAAUUGGUAGUGUUAGACCUAGGGUUGUAUCGUUGAUACCGAAUGUAGCUUCGAAUUUUAGAAACGAGUCUACAUCGGUUGAUUCGAAUGUUAAUGACAAAAGCUUUGAGAAUAUUUUCAUUCAAACUAGUUUGAAUGCAAAGCCGUUGUUGUGUGAAGAAAUUGAGACGGAUGAUCGAAGGAAAUUGGAAAAAGAGGAUGGGUUAAAUGUAAAUUUAGAUAAUAAUUUGAAUGAUUUGAGUGAGGAUAAAGUUGAGAGGGAGCUUUCUGAGAUUGAAAAGGAAGCUUGGGAGUUGCUUCGGAGUUCUGUUGUUACGUACUGUGGGAAUCCAGUUGGGACUGUUGCAGCUAAUGAUUCGGCUGAUAAUCAGCCUCUGAAUUAUGAUCAAGUUUUUAUUCGUGAUUUUGUUCCAUCUGCACUUGCGUUUCUGCUUAAUGGCGAAGGGGAAAUUGUCAAGAAUUUUCUACUUCACACAUUGCAAUUGCAGAGUUGGGAGAAGACUGUUGACUGCUACAGCCCAGGGCAAGGAUUGAUGCCAGCAAGCUUCAAAGUUAGAACUGUUGCUCUUGAUGGAAGUAAUGAAGCAUUUGAGGAAGUUUCAGAUCCUGAUUUCGGUGAAUCGGCAAUAGGCCGUGUUGCCCCUGUUGAUUCGGGAUUGUGGUGGAUUAUAUUGUUGAGAGCAUAUGGGAAAUUAACGGGCGACUAUUCAUUGCAAGAUAGAGUGGAUGUUCAGACAGGCAUAAGACUGAUCCUUAAGUUGUGUCUAACUGAUGGAUUUGACAUGUUUCCUUCUCUACUAGUCACCGAUGGUUCUUGCAUGAUUGAUAGAAGGAUGGGAAUUCACGGUCACCCUCUUGAGAUACAAGCAUUAUUUUACUCUGCUUUACGCUGUUCCCGUGAGAUGCUGAUAGUGAAUGAUACAACAAGUAAUCUCGUGGCUGCCGUUAGUAAUCGCCUUAGUGCUCUCUCGUUUCACAUGAGAGAAUAUUAUUGGGUUAACAUGAAGAAGAUUAAUGAAAUUUAUCGGUACAAGACAGAAGAAUAUUCUACUGAUGCUGUCAACAAGUUUAACAUCUAUCCAGAGCAAAUUCCUUCAUGGCUUGUGGACUGGAUAUCCGAGGAGGGUGGAUACUUCAUCGGCAAUCUACAACCUGCUCACAUGGACUUUAGAUUUUUCACGCUUGGGAACCUUUGGGCCAUUGUCUCUUCUUUAGGUACAACAAGACAGAACGAGGGCAUUUUGAACUUAAUUGAGGCCAAAUGGGAUGAUAUCAUUGGUCAAAUGCCUCUCAAGAUAUGUUAUCCCGCGUUGGAGGGUGAAGAUUGGCGUAUAAUUACUGGCUGUGACCCCAAGAACACCCCUUGGUCAUAUCACAAUGGUGGAUCUUGGCCAACACUUCUAUGGCAGUUCACUUUAGCAUGCAUCAAGAUGGGCAGGUCUGAUUUAGCACAGAAGGCAGUUGAUUUAGCAGAAAAAAGACUUGGUGUGGACCAAUGGCCAGAAUAUUAUGAUACUAGAAAUGGAAAGUUUAUUGGGAAGCAAUCAAGGUUGAUGCAGACAUGGACAAUUGCUGGUUUUGUUACUUCAAAGAUGCUUCUAAAAAAUCCAGAGAAAGCAUCUUUGUUGUUUUGGGAAGAGGACUUUGAAAUUCUUCAGAAUUGUGUCUGCAUGCUUAACAAAACUGGUAAAAGAAAGUGUUCCCGUUUUGCAGCAAGAUCUAAGAUUCUUGUUUAA